GCAAGCAAAAUAAACUGACAUUUCUGUUUUAUCACUCCGUUUCUUAGCCAAUUUUAAUAAACAAUUAUUCAAGCAAACGUUUUGCCAUGAGUGCGCCACUAACGUUAAUUACUCAGCCAAACCAGACUUUUAAAAACAGUUAUUGCAGCUGCAGAAACCUAAAGUCUCGUGUCUACUAGUCUCAUUUAUUGGUUGUGCAGUUGUACAUCUGUUCUCAUCUGCCACACAGUUAUUAAAAGGUCAUUCAAGCUGCUACGUAGCUUUGCAUCGCCAAUGGUACAAAAGGGAAACAACAACUCAAAGUGGAAUGGCUACACGAGAGAGCGAAAACAACCAUCUUUUGAUCAACUCAUCAAUGUUUAGUACAUACACAUCAUCUACAAGUGUAACAGUAGCAAGAAAGGAGCAUGAGAGAAGCAGUCUAUUAAGCUUUAAAAACUAGAAUAUGCUUAAAAAGGGAUUUACUAACCACAGAGAAAGAAAAAGAAAUACAAUUCAAAAUACUCUCUUUUCAAAAAAAAAAUAUCUUGAAGUGGCUGUGACUAGCAGCAGUAUCAAAAGUCCCCUUUAUUUAAAAUGUAUUUCCGCAAUCAAUUUUUUCAAAAGACUUUCCGCUCUGGGCUUAAUUUACAUGUUUUUGGCAUCACACUGCUCUUAAGUGAAACCCCAGAAGACAAUUUUCCUCUGCAGUUUUACUAGACAGCACUUUCCUAUUUACCAACGCUUCACUGAUAAAUAUGAUCUGGAUUUUAACACCAUGUGCACUAUGUACAAAACAAAAACUAAACUUAAAGAACGAUUAGGAUGCCUUCGCAGAUUUUGAGGUCGGAAAUGUAUCCAGAAUAGAAUUGGGUAAUCUUGAAAUGAACUGAAUUGUGAUUUUUGACAAGAGGGGAAACCACCCCAAAAACAAGCAAACAAAAAGGGUAAGAUACUCCCGUGAACUACAGCCACUCCAAAAUUAACUGCCAUGAGUUUUUGGUUGGUAAAUCAUUACUUAAAAAAACCAAAAAACAAACAAACAUGAAAAAAAAAAACCAAAAAACAAAAAACCUCUUUUCACUCAUCCGAGUCACGUAUCAAUACAUGAUUUAAAAAGCAAAUCUUAAAUUACAACAGUGAUGUUUUUGUCUGUGGAGGACUUUUGUUAUCCUAAAUGCCAAGAAUUAAAUUGCAGACUUAAUAAAAGGGCUGGGUUUUGUUUUUCCUUUUUAAAAACAGGGUUGACCCUCACACCCAUCACCGGUCCAUCAUGCUGAGGAUCAUCUCAGGAGUCAGGUCCCCGUUCGGAGGGGCUUCAGACAGCUGCCCCGCCUGCGUGGCACCCUCUCCCUGGGUCAGCUCCUCCAUCUGGAUGGUCGACUUCCCUCCACCCACCACCACCUCCUGUGCGGCCUCAUUGGCAUCAUCGUCUUGGUCGGCUCCGACCUCCUUCUUCACAAUGAUGUCGUCGACCUCUCCGGUGGCCUCGUCCUCCACACGGAUGAUAGCAGCCGCUGUUUAGGACAAUUUCAGGAGACAAUAAUCGAGAGUGAAAAUGAAGUCCUUGAGCUCAUGGGGCGUGUGGAUGAAGGAGUUGAAGAGUUCUUUACUAAGAGAGUACUGCCUGCUGAUACACUGAAGCUGCAGGAUGAGGAAUCUAUCACAGUGCACGAAGUGGCUCCUGCCAGCUCUGUCCCUUGUCCAGCCCCGACGAAAACCCUCCGGAGGAAGCUGGGUGAUUUCUUUACACUCAAAAAGAGGCGAGGUUUGAAAUCAGAGACGAGCCAUGAGGGGCGUCCCAAAAAGGCCUCCAUUGCUGAUCUCAUUCGCCCUCUCAGGGAGGUUGCGAGAUCCGAGAAAGACAAAGACAAAGACAAAGACCGAGUAAAGGAGCACGACAAGGAAAAUGAAAAGGAGAAAGCAAAAGAGGCUCCCACUGCUGUUUCUGGAGAGCCAGCUGUUCGGGAGACACCUGUUUCUGGUGCUCCGCCGCUGAGGGGCGAAGCAGUGCCUCCCCGCCGAGCUCUCAGAGAGGGGAAGUCCCAGUCUCUCAUUUUGCUAUCUGGCUCAGCAGCAGCGGGGUCGACCAAUGCCAGAAACACAGCAAAGAAACAAUUUGAAGGCCAGAAUAGCUUUGAACAGAAGCUCCAUCUCAUGCUUCAGCGUAUUGGAGUUUCCAAACCCCUGCCAGGAGAGACACAGGAUCAAGAAGGAGAGAUGAAAAAGGCCGAGUCUGAAGGUACCAUCAUUGACAGUAAACCCGAGCCACCUCCCACUUUCUCAAAACCUCGAACGAUGUCUGCAUCAUCAGACACAAGGCAUCAGAUUCGGGCAAGUGUGUCAGCGCACGAAGGAGCCGGGAAACCCGCUCUGCUUCCAAAGCCGGUUAUCAAACCGGGGCCACCCCCCACAACAUCCGGCCGCAACACACCUGAGAACGAGCUGGCCCAAAUACAGGAAGCAGAGACACACACGCCCACUAAACUCAGCCCAGCCGCGGCGCCGUCACCUCCGGCCACCACCGCUCCCGCUGCACCGACAAUCUCAAACGCGGUCCCCGACUCGACCGACUUUGAAGCUCCCCCUUCGAGUACUGUAACUCCCUCACACGCAGAUGUAUGCACUGACUCUCCCGCAGCAAUCUCCGUCCCCAAAACUACGACCACACCCACAGAGCCCCCCACCAACGCAUCCGUUACCCCCACCUCCUCAGAGUCUGUUACUCCAAGCCUCGCUGUCACUUCCACCUCAGCAGCAACUGUUGCCGGGCCUUCCAUUACCACCUCGGAAACUGUUUCUGCUCCCAGUGACGAAAGCCCUGUUUCCACGGCGCCAACAAAUCUGUCAGCCAAAUCGACUUUGCCAGAGCCAAAUGGCGUUCUCUCACUUGAUGUUGCUCCUGCUGCUGGUGGUGAUGCAGCUAUUUCUGUCACCACCACAGCUUCUGCGCCCUGCACCAGCGUGUCAGAUGUGCCGCCGGGCUUGUCUACCACCACCAUCAGCGAAGUCAGUCAUGAACCAGCUUCAGUCACAUCCAGUAGCUCUUCAACAUUAGUCACUAUGACUACAUCACCUCCCUCUGACUCAAGUGAUGUAAUUACAGUAACAAUUUCACAUGACCCCACCUUUACCACUUCCUCCACCAUGGUCUCUGCUGCCCUUCCUCCUACCACCUCAGCACCUUCUACCACUCCUACAGCUCAACCUCAACCCCAAUUAUCCACUGACUCCAUUAACUCCGCUUCUUCAUCUACCGCCAUUCACCCAGCCACUACGUCCGUUCCCUCCACCUCUUCUAGUGAAACAAACCCUACAGACACCACUUCCACUGCUACCAGUCUGAACCGAGCAGAAACCACCUCCACCGCUAGUUCGUCAACCUCCGGUGCAAUUAGCUCCCCACUCACGACUGGGUCAGAGCCACCUUUUCCCAACAAUGUUGACACUAAGCUCACACCAACUAUCUCUAGCCCGCCCACUACUGAUAACACAAGUUCUGCUGCACCACCCGCUAGCGAUAGUCCAGGCCAAGAUAACGUAAUCCAGAUAUCUGAUGAGAGAUCCGGUGUAGGGCCUGCAGAAAAAGGCACUGCAGCAGAUGGGGAACAAACGAGCAAAGUACUUGAGGCAGACGAGAAGAAGGAAGUGGUUGACAGUCGGAGUCAGAGUGAGAAACCAACCGUGGCCCAGAGUGAACCGACAACGAAAGAAGAGCGGGAAGAAAGUGUGAAAGCUGAAGCAGACAUACCGGCUGAACCUGCAGCAGUGGAGGAUGGUGAGCGCUGCACAGAGGAAGCAGUGAUAGUGGGUCAAAAGCAAGAGGAAACUAAACCAGUGAGUGAUAAGUGAGGAAAAAAAGAAAAUGCUAAACAUGGGACCAACUACUGUGACGGAGGAGGGGGCAGGAGAGGCCACAGUAAAGGGUGAAGCAGAGGGAGGGGAAUGAUGAUCCAUGGCACUUCCUACAGGGACCACCACAUCACAGCAGCACACCACAAAGGGUGGGCCACUGGACCAAAGAACUGAGAUCCCCUCGGUGUGACGUAAUCAACAAAUCCAGCAGUGUCUUUGUCCUUUUUUAACUUAUGUUUGAGGUUUUGCAUUGCACGUGUGAUUAUGUACCAUAAGACAAUUAUUGUGGUAAAAAAAAAUACACAAUGUUUACAAUAGAUGGAUAAGAGACAUAGUUAUGACUAUUAAAUGGAGUAUUGAAGUGA